AUCGGAUUUCCCUCAGUAGUUUCCAACUCAGCUUUGAGUAACCAUCAAUUUUCAGUCGCGUUGAGAGUGCGCCCAUUGUGACUGUGCUAGUGCUCUAAUUGGAUUACACGAGCCUUUUCAACAUGUGUGCGUUCAAAUACAUCGUAUUUUUUACUACCCUCCAGUUCCUUUUGUCUACGACAGUGGGAGCGCCCAGCCAUAUUUCUUUGAAGUUUGAUACAAUGGACUUCAAAGUCAUGCAGAAAUUGAAUGUAUCAAAUCUGGGCCCGACUCUAACAUCUUUCAAAUCAUUUAAAAACACGUAUAAUCGUCAAUAUAAGAAUUUCGAUGAAUACCUCGAGAGAUUCAACAUAUUCAGAAAGAACCUGGACACAAUCGAGGAACUGAAGAGAAAAGAAAAGGGGACAGCCAAAUAUGGGAUCACGCAGUAUGCCGAUUUGACCCCCGAAGAAUUCGAUCAGCGGUACAACGGUCUGAGAAUGUCUCACGAGGAGAAGCUGAAAGAAGAAGAGAAUCGAGCAGACGAUAUUGACAUCAAAAAUCCAGCGUACUACGACUGGAGACGUCAUGGAGCUGUGACACCUGUGAAACAACAGGGGUCUUGUUUUUCUUGUUGGGCAUUUUCAACUACGGGGAACAUUGAAGGUUUAUUAGCUCGAAAAACUGGCAAUUUGGUCACGCUAUCUGAACAAGAACUUGUAGACUGCGAUAGCAAGAACCACGGUUGUAUGGGUGGCUACAUGACGGACGCGGUUCGGGAGUUGGCUGACAAUCUGGGCGGAUUGGUGGCCGCUGACGACUACCCGUACUUGGAGGACGACAGCAUUUGCAUCCUCAACAGGAGCCAAAUCAUCGCCGAGGUCAAGGAUGUGAUGGUGUUCAGUAAGAAGGAGGAGAAUAUCGCCAAGUGGAUGUACAAACUCGGGCCCUUGUCAGCUGGGAUCAAUGCGAGACCUUUACAGUGGUACCUCGGCGGGAUCAUGCACCCGAGUAAAGAGGACUGCUCGCCUUCGAAGCUGAAUCAUGGCGUCCUUAUCGUCGGAUACGGUAUUCAAAAGGUACCAGAAGGCUCGAUCCCAUAUUGGACGAUCAAGAACAGUUGGGGCACAGAGUGGGGAGAAAAGGGAUACUUUAAAGUAUAUCGCGGCGAUGGUACUUGUGGAAUCAACGAGGUUGUGAGCUCGGCAGUCAUGAAAGCAGAUGAUGAUGACGAUUCCGAGGAGACCGAGGAAAACGACGAUAAUUAAUUAAUUAAUUAAAUUUAGAUGCCAAGCACCUUAAAAAAAGACUGAAGAUAGCAUUUAAAGAUUAUCAUGAGACUGAAUGAAUGAUUUAAAGUUGCAUUACAUUAAUGCGAAUUUGUUAUUACUUUGAUGUGUCAUCAUAUCGUGUGUGCUUUUUACUAUACAUUCAAUUACUUAAUUUAUUUAUAAAUUUAUUUUAUUUUUUGCUGAUAAUCACGGCCUUUUUUCAAUGCUUAAAUUUUAGUAUUGCAAUGUUCCCCAAACGCAGAAAUUCAUAUUUUUUGUAUCUAUUUAUUUAUUGUUUCACGUAAACUUAUUGUGAUGUAUGUUUUCAUUUUACGCUGCAUGUAUUUGACAUGUUUGAGACUGUAUUUGUUUCAAGUCACUGAAAAGCAGAUGUAUUUUUUUGUGAAUUGAAAAUGUUCAGAAAUGAUUAUAUAUGAAGGGUGAUGGAUGUAAAUUGUGCCCAAGUAUUAUUAUUUAGUAAGUGAUAAGUCAUAUUUAUUAUUAUCGAAUUUUGUAAUUUUUAUGGAGUUGAGAAAAUGCAUCCUCAAUCCAAACUUGUUGUGCAUAAGUGUUGUUAAUCAGUAUGCCUCGCAAUAGCUUAUAUAUGUGAUGUCUUAUUUAUGAACUUUUUAUACCACUGUUUUUAUAAAAAAAUGGCGUGAGUUUUAUUAAGCUGUGUAAAUACGAGUGUUAAUUUAAAUAAAAUAUCACGGAUAAAUUAAA